AUGAAUCCGACCUCCCCUUCUCUUGGGAAGCUUGUCGCAUCCAAGACCCUUGAUGGUCACACCGGCUGGAUCUGGGAAGUAGCAUUAUCCAAAGAUGGCGAAAUCCUGGCCUCGGUUUCUAACGACAUGAUGAUCCGUCUAUGGAACGCCAAAACCGGUCACCAGCGCGGCAUCCCAAGGGACAACGGUCAUGCCAGCUGGGUUCGCUCCGUGAGAUUCUCCCCAAUGGGCCGACUCUUGGCCACUGCUUCCGAUGACAUGACGAUUCGCAUCAGCGACGCCAACACGGGCUUCACCUACCGCAUACUGCAGGGCCAUACAGGCAAAGUGCGCGCUGUGGAAUUUUCACCUGAUGGAAAAACUCUUGCUUCGGCAUCUGAUGAUUUCACUGUACGUCUAUGGAAUUCGAUGGAGGGCUCGCAGCUCAAGAUUUUCACUGGACACACGGGCUGGGUGCGUACUGUGGCCUUCUCAUCUGAUGGGAAGACCCUCGCCUCAGCCUCAGACGACAAUACAAUCCGACUCUGGGAUACGACCACCAGCAAUGAGCUUCAUAAACUGAGUGGCCAUGAUGCCUCGAUUAGAGCUGUUUGUUUCUCUCCCAAUGGGAAGCUGCUGGCGUCCGGGUCGCAGGACAAGACCGUGCGCAUCUGGGAUACAGCUUCUGGCGCCGCUCUUAAUGUCCUCCAGGGACACUCUGGGCCUCUGCGUGUGAUUGCGUUUUCUGAAGACGGGAACAACGUGGCAUCGGCAGCUGACGACUUGACGAUCCGUGUAUGGGCUGCACCGUCAAACUUCAUUUGUGCCCAGGUAGUGACUGGCUAUUCGGGCUGGGUUCGGGCCAUUGUAUUGGGGCGCGAUGGAAGAAUGAUUGUCUAUACCUCUGACGAUAUGACUAUCAAGAUUUGGAAGUCAGCAUGA